AUGACCACUCUUUCCAUUGACACUGGUGACCUCGCGACAGUCGCCAAAUGGGCCAGCACGGGCCUCAUCACCGACGCGACCACCAACCCGCUGUUCGUGUCUCAAGCGGCCGCGCGCGGCUCGGAGCCCGAGUAUGCGGCCAUGGUCACGGCCGCCGUCGCGGCCGCCCGAGAGGGCUACGCGGCGUCUGGGCCAGACCUGCCGCCGCCGGUUGCGCCGCACGCGGCUGGCGCGGCGCCGUUGGAUGCGAGCAUAGAUCUGGCGGUUGACCACUUGUCCAUUGAGUUGGGGAAGCGCAUUCUGGACCUGGUCCCCGGCUACGUGUCAACAGAGGUCGACAUCCGCCUGUCCUUCGACGCCGCCGCGUCCGAGGCGCGCGCGCGCCGCAUCAUCGCGCUCUACGAGGCCGCCGGCGUCCCCAGGGCCCGCGUGCUGAUCAAGCUCGCUGGCACGUGGGAGGGCGUGCGCGCGGCCGAGGCCAUCGAGCGGGACGGCAUCAAGACGAACAUCACGCUGGUGUUUGGGUUCUGCCAGGCGGUCGCGGCGGCGCAGGCCAAGGCGACGCUCAUAUCCCCCUUCCCUGGCCGCGCCGCUGAGGAGUGA